CAUAACACAACACAACAUAACACAAAACAUGCCUUCACUCUCCGAAGCCUUUCGAGCUCAUCCUGUCUACCUUCACCACAAGCACUCUGACUUCAACUCUCUGCAACACAAACUCCCAGAUUCUUACGCAUGGACACAACCAGAUUCUCAUGCUUACGCUGAUACAAAUUCUGAUAACAACACUGUCCCCGUCAUCGAUUUGAAGGACCCUAAUGCACCCAACCUCAUAGGACAUGCAUGCAGAAGAUGGGGCGUCUUCCAACUCGUCAACCAUGGAGUCCCAUUCACCCUCUUCACUGACAUUCAGAGAGCUUGCCUUGCCUUGUUCUCUCUUCCUCUUCACCAGAAGCUCAAAGCUGCUCGCUCCCCCGACGCCGUCUCCGGCUACGGCCGCGCUCCCAUCUCCUCCUUCUUCCCCAAACUCAUGUGGUCUGAGUGCUUCACCAUUCUCGAUUCCCCUCACCACCUUUUUCUCCAACUCUGGCCCCAAGACCAUGCUAAAUACUCUGAGAUUGUGAAGGACUAUGAAGCAGCCAUGAAAGAAUUAGCGGCGAAGCUAAUGCGCCUUGUGUUAGCUUCACUCGGUAUUUCAAAGGAGGACGUUAAAUGGGCCGGGCCCAGAGGUGAAUUCAACGGGGCUUGCGCGGCCUUACAUUGGAAUUCUUACCCGAGUUGCCCGGAUCCUGAUCGGGCCAUGGGUCUGGCGGCCCACACGGACUCCACACUGCUCACGAUUCUGCACCAGAACAACGUGAGUGGGCUUCAGGUUCUGAAGGACGGUGAAGGGUGGGUGGCGGUUCCGCCGCUUUCCGGAGGGCUUGUGGUCAACAUUGGCGAUCUGCUCCACAUUUUGUCGAACGGGUUGUACCCGAGUGUACUGCACCGGGUGCGGGUGAACCGGAGCUGGCAAAGGUUCUCGGUUGCUUAUCUAUAUGGGCCCCCAAGAAACGUGGAGGUUAGUCCAAAUGAAAAAUUGGUAGGCCCAGGUAGGCCCUGUCUUUAUCGAUCGGUGAGUUGGAAGGAGUACCUUGGUAUCAAAGCAAAGCAUUUCAAUAAGGCUCUCUCUGCUGUUAGAAUUUCGUCCUCUAUUAACGGUUUAUUUGAUGUAAAGGAGGUUCAGAACAACGACUUUCACGUGGGCUAGAUACAUAGCCUCAGCCCAUAGCCCAUAGCCCAUAGCCCGUAGCAUAUAGCCAUGAACUUUUUGACCCUUCUUGGUCAAAUCUUGUACCUUCCAUUAAAAGGCAAUCAGAAAAAAUAUUAUAAAAU